AUGCACCUUCCUUUCACCGAGAUUCACCAUUUGUUGUCCUUCACUCGUUGUACACCAGAUCAGAUCCCCACAGUCUGGGAAUGCACCCAGGGAAUCGGGUUCAGUUUCCUAGCGUCAAACUACUACGACUUUUUGACAGAUGAAAAGACCAACUCCAUGCUUUACGACUACUGGGUCGAGCAAGUCCGCGCUCGUAUAUCAAAUCCCGAAAAGAAGGAUAUGGUUGCCCCAUUAAAGCAGCAGAUACCGGUUGCAACUCUCGAGCAGGAUUACUAUGAGAUGAUUGACCGCCCGAAUAUCACGUUGCACAAUCUGAAGCAAUCUCCUAUGGUUGAGUUUGAUGCCACCGGCGUGGUAACUGGUGAUGGCAAGGACACGCAGCAUCAUGAGUUGGACAUCGUGAUCUUUGCAACGGGAUACGAUGCUGUCACUGGUAGCUUAUUGGAUUUGGCAAUCACUGAUAAGAAUGAGCAGCCCUUGGAAGAGAAAUGGCGAGAUGGCGUCUUGACUCACUUGAGUCUGAUGGUGCCCGGUUGCCCCAAUUUGUUUAUAGUCUAUGGACCGCAGGCCCCGACUUCUGUGGUUAAUGGACCACCCUUCAUCGAGAUGGAAGUCGACUGGAUCUGCAAAGCCAUUAUGAAGAUGAAGAGCGAAGGCCUGGAAUCAAUAGAGCCGACACUGAAAGCCGCUGAGGGGUGGCGCGAUCACGUUUAUGCCGUGAGUGAGCAUACGCUGUACCCUAAGACAGAUUCUUGGUAUAUGGGUUCCAAAAUCCUUGGGAAACGGCGGGAACUACUCAUUUAUCUUGGUGGAAUGCAGCGUUGA